AUGGCUGCACAAAGAAGACAAGGUUUCCAUGGUCAAGAUAAUAAAUUUCAAGAAAAUCAUUGCAGGAGGAGAAAUGCUGACAAGGGGCCAAAGAAGCAAGUGAGCCAGAAGAACACCAGUGGACUUGACCAAACUGCAGACACAGGACUACUGGUCACUCAUGUAAACCAGACUCAGGACUUACUGAAGCUGCAGGAAAGUAAAAGCCAGCCUUCAGCUUGGGAGGGCUCUGAAGAAUGGCUGCUAACGCACAGUUUACAGUCUGAGAAACUCACCUUGCCUGACCUGCUAAGCCAGGGGACACCUGUUCUGGAGGAGGGCAGCAAUGUCCGACAGAAAGUCCAUUUCUCCACCGAGAUCAUCCACCACUUUGAAUCAAAGCUUUCUCAAGCUAUCGAACUCUAUCAACAGAGAAUCCUGUGGCUCACUGCAAACAGCAAGAAGGUGUUUGGCCACAUCAAGGGGACCCGAGUUGGCCUCCUCAUUGAUGUGUCAGCGGUCAGCAAUGGUCCUGAGAAAGAGGAGUUCCAGAAUGACCUCAUGGCUCUCAUUGACGAGCAGCUGAGCCACAAGGAGCAGCUGUAUAUUCUCUCCUUCGGUGGCACCACCAGGACCCUGUGGCCAGACCCCAUGGAAGUCAGCGCCUCCACCCUCCAGGAACUUAAGCAGUGGGUGAAGAAGCUACAGCCAGAAAGAGGCGCUGACAUGCUCCAGGCUCUAAAGAAAGUCUUCCGUAUAAAAGGCCUGAAUUCUCUGGUGAUCAUAUUGGGAAGCUGCCCAAACCAGUCUUCAGAAAUCCUGUCCGACUACCUCCAGCAGUCCACCAUCGGCAGGGGUAUCGUCAUCCACAUCGCCACGUAUAAAUGCGACAACCAGGUGCCCUCCGCUGUCCUAAAGAACCUCGCAGAUGCUGUUGGGGGCUUCUACCACUGCUACAGCCCGGAGACAGAGGUCUGUACGAGCCGAGAUGUGGAUGAGCUCCUGGCAGAAAUUCAGAAGGCCCAGGGCCUGCUCCAACACAUCCAAGCACUGUGCUACAGCGGGCGCUCUGAGGAGCUCAGCGGCAUGAUGGAGGAGAUUUCCACCAAGAUUGCAAAAGGCCCGCUCACAAGUCGCCUGCCUAAACCCCCAAAACACGAGGGGCCCCUCAGAAUCGAGUUCCCAGGCUUGGAUAAGACCUCUGCAGAAUGGCUAAAGAUCAACGGCCUAAAAGCCAAGAAGUUAAGCCUUUAUCAGGUUCUGGCCCCCUACACGUUUUCUCCCAUCGAGGAAUAUGUGCCUAUUCUCCGGAAAACGGUGUCGUCGACCAUUCACGAGAAGGCAAUGGUACAAUUUGAGUGGCAUGAUGGGACAGUGAAGAAUAUCCACGUGGAUCCACCCUUCCUCUUUGAGUACCAGAAACAGCUCAACAGAGCCAUGCGGAUGUAUGAGAGGCGGAUUGAGUGGCUCUCCCUGGCCAGCAGAAGGAUCUGGGGCACCGUCUGUGAGAAAAGGGUAGUUAUACUACUCGAUAUCUCUGCAACCAAUUCCAUGUACAUUAUUCAUAUCCAGCACUCCCUGAGGCUCCUGCUCGAGGAGCAGUUGUCUAACAAGGACUGCUUCAACCUCAUCGCGUUCGGGAGCACAGUCGAAAGCUGGAGGCCGGAGAUGGUUCCGGUGAGCCACGACAACCUGCAGAGCGCCUGGAGGUGGACCCUGGGCCUGCGGUGUCAGGGCAGCAGGAACAUCCUCAGUGCCCUGCGGAAGGCCGUGGAAGUGGAUUUCAAGGACAAAGAUAAAUAUCAAUCGCAAGGCAUCUACCUCUUCACAGGAGGCAUCGCUGACCAGGAUAUGUCCAUUCUCAGUGCUUACAUGGCCGAGGCCUGUGCAGGCUGUGACCUCCAGCUGAACGUGUGUCUCUUCUACAUGGGAGAGCCAGAGAUGAACAGCACCCCACCUGCCUGCUAUGCCAGCUUCAAGGACACAGCCGACGCCUACAGGGAGGCCACGCGGGCUACCAGAGGCCGCUUCCACUGGUUUGGAGACACGGACAUCUACGAGAGUGAUGACAUCAAGGCCAUUGUGUCUGAGAUGGAAAAGGCCAUCAACUACUCCCAAAAGUGCGCUUUACUGGUGGCCUCCCUGAAGAACCAUUCAAGAAGACAGCUGGAAGCCGCUGCUGCACCCAAAGAAAAACCAAACCGCCUCAAGCUGGAGAGUCAGACCAAGAGGCAGCGCCCUCCCAAGCCCAGAGCCGUCUCUGUGAACAGAAUGAGCAUUCAAGAUGACUCUGACAGAGAGAAGAGCCCCCCCUUGAAAGCUCUGAAGUGGCGUCCAACCAGUGGCAAAGCGAUCAUCCCCGCAGCUCCAGCGCCGUCAGCGAGAGCAUGGACUGCAGAACAGAGGCGGAAGAAGACAAAAACACGGGAAGCAGAGACGUCGUUCUUACUGUUUUACACAGAUACAGGGAAUAAUGUGGGCUCAGUGUACAAGAAAUAUCCUCAGAGGAGGGGCGUGAGAAGGACCAGCUCUUCCAUUGAGUUGCCCAGAAAGAAUCAAAUCUGCUCCAGCAAAGAGUGGAUAGCCAAUUACGGGCUCAAAAAACUGAAGAUGGAGGUUUACAGACAUCUCGGUCCCAGAUGCACUCAUCAGAAGUCGGUCCGGGGGUCCGCAUCAGCCAAACACUGCAGUGUCCUCCCCAGCGUCGAGAUCAAUGGUCUGGUGAGACACCUUCAGUGGACGCUCUGGGAAGUGGAAACCUACAUCACGCACAUGGAGAAAGUACUGAGGAGCUAUGUCCAGAGGCUGCAGUGGCUGCUGUCCGGGAGCCGCCAACUAUUUGGCACCAUCUUGGAAAGCAACGUGUGCAUCCUGCUGGAUACAUCGGGGUCCAUGGGCCCCUACCUGCCGCAGAUGAAGACACAGCUGAUUCUGCUGAUUUGGGAACAACUGCGGAAGCAUUGCAAGAGUUUUAACCUUAUCGGCUUUGCAGAGGGCCUGAAUCUGUGGAGGGACACUCUGGUGGCGACAACGGAUGCAGCAUGUCAAGAUGCUAUGCAGUGGGUGACCCGCCUGGAAGCUCAGGGGAACACCUCAGUCUUACAGGCUUUACUGAAAGCUUUCCAGUUUCCCCGCACGGAAGGAUUGUACCUCCUGACAGACGGGAAGCCAGAUACAAGCUGCAACCUGAUCCUAAACGAAGUCCAAAAGCUCAAGGAGAAAAGUGCCAUGAAAGUGCACACCAUUUCAUUUAACAGCUCGGACAGGACAGCGGUAGGAUUCCUGAGAAGGCUGGCUUCGCUCACCGGGGGCCGUUAUCACUGUCCUGUCGGGGAGGACAUGCUCUUCCAGCUUCGUGGUCUGCUGACCAAAGGCGUCCUUGAUGAAAGGGCUCCUGUCUUGCCACUCUUUGAAGGGGAUGACUUAAAGAGGCUGGCCCAGGAGAUGACCAAAGGCCAAAGCUUCCUCUGGCAGGCCCGGUCCUUCAGGUCACAACUCCAGAAGAAAAACAAUGCAGAACCAAAAGUUGCUUCUUUCUAG